AUGGAAGAAAUGAAAGAAGAAUUAAAAUGCCCUGUUUGCGGUUCUUUUUACCAGGAACCUAUUAUAUUGCCUUGUUCUCACAACCUCUGCAUGGCUUGCGCUCGAAAUAUUUUGGUUCAGACUCCUGAAACAGGAUCACCGCAAAGCCGGCAGGCAUCGAGGAUUUCCGACUAUGACUGCCUGGACUUGGACAAAAUGAGCCUGUAUAGUGAGGCGGAUAGUGGUUAUGGCUCUUAUGGGGGGUUUGCUAGUGCCCCCACUACUCCUUGCCAGAAGUCACCCAAUGGAGUGCAUGUGUUUCCCCCUGCAGUUCCUGUCGCUCCUCCAGUAUGUCACCAGUCUGCUACUACACUAGCCCCGAUCCCCCGCAACCCCUGCAUCACUUGCCCACAGUGCUACCGCAGUCUGAUUUUGGAUGACAGAGGGCUCAGAAAAUUCCUAAGGAACUGUGUUUUAGAAGGGGUGAUCGACAGGUACCAGCAGAGUAAAACAUCUGCCUUAAAGUGCCAACUAUGUGAGAAGACCCCAAAGGAUGCUACAGUGAUGUGCGAGCAGUGCGAUGUUUUCUACUGCGACCCUUGUCACCUGAGGUGUCACCCGCCUCGGGGGCCCUUGGCUAAGCACCACUUGGUGCCUCCUGCUCAGGGGCGAGUCAGCAGGAGGCUCAGUCCCCGAAAGAUUUCUACCUGCACUGACCAUGAACUGGAAAAUCACAGCAUGUACUGUGUGCAGUGCAAGAUCCCGGUUUACUACCAGUAUUUGGAGGAGGGCAAGCACUCCAGUCAUGAAGUGAAGGUUCUGGGAGCCAUGUGGAAACUACACAAGAGUCAGCUGUCCCAGGCCCUUAAUGGUCUUUCUGAUAGAGCCAAGGAAGCAAAGGAGUUUCUGGUACAGCUGAGAAAUAUGGUCCAGCAAAUCCAGGAGAACAGUGUGGAGUUUGAAGCCUGCCUUGUAGCACAAUGUGAUGCUCUCAUUGAUGCCUUGAAUAGAAGAGAAGCUCAGCUUCUGGCACGGGUAAACAAAGAGCAUGAACACAAGCUAAAGGUGGGCUUUGGGCCUGUUAGAGAAGCUGGUAUCUUAAUGAUGUGGGAGUUUGGGCAUGGAAUUGUGGUUUGUAGGAUUGUGCUACAAAAAAGACCUCCCAGAAUACCCCAAGGAAGCUUAGAUGUCUUCGAUUAG